GACUACUGUCAGCACGUGACAGUGUGGACCAGCACGUCAACAUGGCUGCAGCACCAGAGUGAGUUCAUUUCUCUGAUUUCUAACGGGUUUUCUUGGCGAAUUACUCUAGAUAUUUGUUUUGUCAGAAAGUUGAAUAGUUUCUACAGAACCUCGCAGCGAAACAGAAACACUACAUCGCAAAACUUUCGAUCUCGUGGGGUUAGAAAGUUGCAGGAGAAAAUACAGCGUUAAUAUUAACAUUAUACCUGCAUUAUGAUAUAAACUUUUAAGUUUAGGUUCACCAGUCACACAUUCCUGACGUUUGAAGGGAAAUAGUUCAUAUCGGUAACUCCUCUGAUUAAUCGCUACCCAAUGGAAAGCUUAAAAUAAUUUAGUUCCAGUCAUAUUUAUUAUCUCUAACAAUAUUUCAAAUAAAUGGCUUUGAUAAAAGUGCUUGUCAGUUCUAAAGCCAACUUUCUGAGUCUUUUCCUUAUCUUUCACCUUUUAAAUCUGAUAUUGCAUGCUUUUGGAAGAAUGAAACAAAGCAUACUCUGAACUAAACUUGAUGUAUUCCAAAUUAUACCUGUAUACUGCAACAUCAAUACAGCCAAUUAUUGUCUAUUAUUGGUGUACUUAUAUGCAAUGCAGACAUAUGACAAUCAUAGUUGAAGCAAAUACACAAAACAAAUACAGAAAUGCAAGUUGUUAAGAAAUCUGUUUUGAAAUGUUUUAUCUACAAAAUGUAAAAGCUGUUAACUGAAAAAGUGUGUACCAAGAGCCUUUUUUUGGUCCCUGUUCAUUGUUUUAUUAAAUGGUUAUCAAGUGAUCUUCUGUAAAACAAACUUUAUGUUUGGUUAUCACACACAGAGCAACCUUGUUAUUGUCAUUUGAUAAAACAGAAGAAGAAUCUGCUGCAGUAGUCAUAAAGUUGUCAGCAGUCAGCAGAUGUGAAGGAACUUCUGCCAGAGGUUGGAACAAACAGCAGACACACCUCCAGAUUGUGUAAUCCAGUUUUACCCCUUGUACCCGUUUAUCAAAAAUUAACAUAGUUCGACAUGAACAUGCUUGUCAUUGGAGGUUUCAGUGAAAUGUUUUUAAGAUACAGAAGGUUUUCAUUCCUAUUUCUGGUCUGUCACAGAGUAUUUGGACUGUCAUCUAGUUCUGUUGUGUGGACCUUCUUCUGCUGCAAGAAUAUAAUUUACCACCUGAGUGGCUCUUAUCUGUCCUCUCAGAUACAGUUACACCAGCCAACCUAUCCACCAGUGAAUGAUACAGAAAUCCUUGAUCCAGACACUCUGAGAGGUUAUUGUGGAUUAACCUUUGGUACAGUCCAGAGUAGGCCAGAUAUGACAUUCAGUUAUCUUAUCAACAAAGCCAGGGCUUAGAUCAAGAUGUAUUACUAGACUUAUCAGGAAAAAAAGAUGUCUUUCUGUCUAUAUAUGUGUCUAAACUUAAACUAGAGACUGACAGGGCUUUGGUUUGACAACCUUUUUAGGUUCAGUCGACCCGACAACAUCCUGAGGAUAACCUGCAGAUAGAUCUUUAGAUAACUGGACAUUUUUUUACAGCUUUGUUUUACAGAUAUGAAAUUAUCAUUACAAACGAGUGUCAUUAUUCUAACUCAUGUCCUACAAUUAUCCUCUCCCUGUCAAUAUUUUUGAUCUAAAACCACACAGUGCUCUCCACAGAUUUUUCUUCUUCUUUGUGUCUCAUUGUCACUUCCUUAUGACCCUUUCAUAGUGCUUAUGACAUUGAUUCUGCAUCCAAGCUUUGAGAGGCUCUGCAGUUUAUCAGAUAACAUGUCUUUCAUCACAUGAUUGUUUUGCAAUAAAGUAAUUACUGUGGACUUGCUGUAUCCUCAUAUAUUCAUUAUUGUAGACCAUGUAUGAAGACUAACCCUAAUGCAGUGCCCAUCCCUGAUGCGUUCUGUUUAAUUUAAGGUAGCUGAAUAACACAUCCAACAGUGUGGAAAAAUUCCAUGUAUUCACGGCCUGUAAACCAGUCUUGAUCUGCACCAAGACGUCCUUCAGUUUAGGUCCUGUGUCUCAAGCCACAACUUGAUCCAUUUUGUCGAUGCCUUUCCACCGUUUCAGACCCGUUUACUGGCUUGGUAAUGACACCCUGAGGGUGUCUGCUGCCCUGUUUGCAGAGAACCGUCAGCGUCUGUGCAGCGGGCUGAGAGCCAAAGAUGGGGUGAUGCCGCGGUCAGUGGUGGUGCUGCAGGGCGGAGAGCAGAAGCAGAGGUUCUGCACGGACACAGACCUGCUCUUCAGACAGGUAGGUGGUCUUUGGUGGGCAAAGUCUCGACAUUGAGGUUCUGUGCAUAAGUUACCCAUCCUGCAGAGUUAUCCAUAUAUUUUUGUCUAACAUCUGGAAAUUUAAAUGUUUUUUAUUUGGGCUAUAAGUAAUGGGCCUACUCAAAAUCCCUGCUAACCCUUACAACAAUAUGUUUGGAGGGUAGGAUCUUAAACUAAAUAAGAAGCUGUGACUGCUUUUUACUAAAAGAUGCAACCUGUUACAUUCAGCUUCGCUUUUCCAUCCAACAGAUAUUUGCUAUUUUUACUCUUUGUGUUGUUAUUCAAAUGUUAAGAGGCGCUUUCUAAAGGUGUGAUUGAACCCAUGAUUGAAACCUUUACUUAGGAUAAGUAUCAGCCCUUCUGGACUUUAUUUUGUAUCUUUAACCUGUCUAUCCAAGUCAGCUCCUUAAACAUAUCCUCAUGUGUCAGUGUCUCUUCUAACUCUUGUUUUAAAUGUUUUUUUUUUUUUUUGCCAUCCAUCUCGUAGCCUGUUAGAUUUUGUAAAGUCAGGAAGGCAAUAGAAAGAAACAAAUAACUAGAAAUGUGAUUCCAGCCACAUUUGAAGGUGGCUCUAAAUGUGACUGUAAUCAGAUUUCACAGGUGUGUCUCACCCUACAUGCUGUGAAUGCUGAAAUUAGAUUUCACUGCCUUUGCGUCACCUUUAGUGCGUCACAAAGCACGGCAUGAAAUCCAGAAUGACAAAAGUGCAUCAGAGCAGCUGAGCAGAAUCUGUGCUUCAGAGUCGUAUCAAGGACUACACAGGCAGCAGGCAGCGGUGAAGUUUGGCGGGUUUCUACUCUGUUUUUCAUGCGUCUGCUGUCGAAAGCCAGAUCCCCAUUUUGAGGGAAUUAAUGAAGUCGGGUAUCUCCAGCAGCCCAUGUUUUCAAGACCCAAUUAAUAAUAACAAAUCUGAUAUGCCUGUUUUCUGAACAAUUGAAGAUGAUUGUGCCCGAUCCAGAAGUACUUUGAGGGGGACUUUAUUUCAGUCACAUUAUUGGCCUAUAAUGCUGAUAGGAAAAAAAAUGACACCCAGUUAAAUCUUGACAUGUACAACAAUUACUCACCAUAUUGAACGAUUUGUUUCUUAAGAUCUGUAAUAACUUUGACCUACCUGUCUCGAUCGAGGACAAUAUCUAAUAAUUCUGAUGUUUUACAAAAUCUCCUCAGGCCUUUAGCUGCUCGUCAUAAUCUCCCUCACUAAUGCUCUCUCUUCUUCUUCUUUCCUUUCUGCAGGAGUCUUUCUUCCACUGGGCUUUUGGAGUAACUGAGGCUGACUGCUACGGAGCCAUUGAUGUGGAUUCAGGGAAAUCCGUCCUUUUUGUUCCCAAACUGCCUGAGAGCUACGCUACUUGGAUGGGAGAGUGAGUCACACUAAUCUUCAAAGAGCGCUGCACAUGGCCAACAAUCACAACCAGCUGGUCUGUAGCCGCAGGCUGUAACCUGAAGAAAGAGUUGACGAAGUCAUACACAGUUACAUCCUUUAUUCAGAGCAUAAAACAUGUUUUCAUACCAGUGUUUGUAGCCAGUCUAUUUAUUGGUAAAGCCUCCAAGAAACAUUUCACACUCUGUGUUCCUGUCUCAUCCCAGACAUAUUUACCGCUCUGAUACAAACGCUGCUGCACUGCCUCCUUAAGUGUGCUGUAAACAGGCUUAAGUAGAGUUGAUAAGUCAAACACUAUUUAUCAUGAUGAGUAUUUUCAGUUUUGUGUUUGUUCUGGGAAUUAUUAACCCUCUCUCGAAUCGCCUUUAAUUUAACAUAAUAAAGUGGCAUAAACUUGCAGAUGAAUAGGACUUGUUUUCCUCGGUGCUGCUCUCUUUCAAGAUUUGAAAACAGCAUUCUGCUAUUUUUAAGGAAACUGAUUAAAGACUCAGUGUGUGCUCUCACACGCUUUUGAUUGUGAAACCACUGCACAUAAUUAUCUGGAAAUAACCUGCAGAUUCUUGUCUAUACCACAUGAUUUCUCUUUCCUCAUUUACAAACCUCAGAACAUCUCUUUUAGUCUCCUGACAUAGACAAAAAUCUAUCAUAGGUGACUUGGUUGUCAUUUGUGUUGUUGAGUUCUGCUUUUCUUGAGUCUUUGCACUGAAUGCUUCAAACUGACAGCUGUUCGCCACACUAAGGGUCUGAUUGACUUCAGGUUUGCAUGUUUGAAUAAGUUUAUAACCUUUAAAGUACCUGCAAAUAAACAUCCAAGCAUAUCUACUAACUAAGUGCACCGAAGAUUGUCUCUGAAUAACACGUGUUGUCCAUUUAGCAUGCUAACUUCAAUAGAUAUGCAUCGUUGGCUGUUUCUGCACUGGCAUGCUAAAUGUUAGGGGGAGAAAAUGCAAAGAAGCAAUGUGAUGAAGAGGAGACUGGAUUACACACAAACAUCAUUCUGUUUCAAAGUCAGUUCUUAUGAGCUGUUUUAGGGUUAUUUCAAAAAAGUCAACAAAGUCUUUAAAGGAGAAAAACACCAUGAUGAAACAGAUUUAUCAUGACCUGUAUUUGUCGCCUGUUCACAGCCGCUGCAGCCUAAAGAAAAUGAACAUUUAUGUCUUCAUACUUUCCUCUUCUCACUAGUAUUACACUCUACCUAAGAUAGAAAUUAGCGAGUUGCUCAUCUCAACCCCCCAUCCAGCUGUCUGUUGUGUGCUAAUGUGGCCCGAGUACCCCCAGUGCCACAGAGGACACAGCUCGCACCCCCUGCGCAACAGAUGAUGACCCGUCUUUAAGAGCUGCUGACUGUUGUCAGUUUGUGCACUAGACUGCGGCUCGGCAGAGAUGAUUUGAGGACAGGGGUGGGGACGGCCUGUUUUAUUUGCUGAAGUUUUAUUACAAGACAUUUUUUUCUUCACCUUCCGUCAUCCUUGUUUUCCCGACAGCGUUGAUUUGACAUGUAUUCUCCUGUUUCAUGUUCCUCUCAGUGAUUUUCAGAGGUCUUCGCUCCCUGUCAAAACUCGCUGUGGUAUACGACAGUUAAACACGCAAAACCUGAAUUUAAAUACCACCGUCUCUGCAGCACCUGGAGUAAUUUACGCAGUUCUUCUGAGUUGAAAUGUUCUCCAACAAAAUGAGCAAUUUGAUGGGAUGUGUAUGCUUUUUAGUGCUUUUUCUAUGAAAUCUUAGUAAAUCAGGCCCAAACUGUAUGAAGACGUUGACUGUUUUCUUCAUAAUAACCAGAAGGGGGCAGCUUUACUGGUUAAAGUCAGAUUGUGUUGAACUGUUGUGAUUGAAGAUUUUAAAAAAAGUCAGAUUUCAACUUAUUUAACAUCUCAGUGAACAAUUGUCUAGAGUUAAUACACAUUUGUAGUCAUAGUUGUAAAUCAGCUCUUCAUAAAUGCACCAUGAUUUUCAUUUUGUGAAUUACAGUCCAAUUUAGAGACAAAGACAUAGACAAGGUCACUUUACCAGACAGUUAAAAAACCAUCAAUGCCAAAAAUGAAGUCAAAUGAAGACAGAGUUUCUAAAAACAUUCCAAAUAAAUUUUUUUUCUGACUGGAUAAAUAAUGCUGAAGUUUUUUUGAUUCUCAAAAUUCACCAGAUAUCUUCUCUGUGUGUCAACAGGAUCUUUCCCAAAGAGCACUUCAAGACCAAGUACGCUGUGGACGAGGUGCACUUCACCUGUGAUGUAAGUCUGUCUCCUUUGGUGUUGGUCUUCACAGCCCGUGUGUGAAACCUUUUUUUUGUGCAGCUCGUGAACCUUGGUGUUGAAUCACUGAGGUAUGAAGUUACAGGAAAGGACACUGCUACCUCCACAGAUUGUUUUUAAAGGUGAAAGUCAUUGUUCUUUUACUGAAGACUCCUGAAAAAGACACCAGUAAAACCAGUUCUCAUGUUAUACUGGAACCGUUGAAGAUAAAAACUGUGGCUGUAGACAUUUCUAGCUCCGCACAUCACAAAAAUGUACUAAUGAAAGCCUUUUUAGCCGAACAGAUGUGUCCCAGGGAUGUGAAUUUAUGCAUGAAAAGUGUUGAGAUACUCUUUGAGGUUGCAUGUGAUUGGAUGUUGAAGGCUUGUGUGAAAAGAUGUCAGAGCUAUGGGUGUAGAUAUAACAUAAAUGGCCGUGUUAUACUCAGUCUCAUACUUCCUCAUGUUGUUUCCUCCUGUCUCGAUCUUUGCUUAUAUUUAUACUUACUCUUAAACGUAUGUCGCUUUAAACACGGGUAUCAGCUUAAUGACCUUGUAUCUUUGUAAGAGCUAUUGUCUGAGUGGAAAUGCACGACAGUCAGACUCUUGAUAUUUUAUUGGCCUGUGAAAUUCAUCUCUAACCAUGCUUUCUGAUAUCUACCUCAAGCAUCGUUAAGUGACCUUUAUUUGACCUUUUUAUAUCAUUGAACUUGUGUCUUGCAGUUGCUCUCUCUUAUUUACUGACUUUGUCCAAAAAUAACUAUUCCAUUUCCAGCAGUCUAAGAUUGCCUGUUUAAGCAUGGAAACUCUCAUGCAUAUAUAUAUAUAUAUCAGUGAUUCCCAGGGGAUGUAUCCUGGAGGGCUGACAGCUCCAGAGCUAUUUUGGAGUUGUGCAUGCUUAUAAAUCAAAUAGUCAUUUGACUAAGAAAAAAAAAAGGGGUUUCUAGACAGAAAUAAAUGUGCAACUGUGUGUGAUGACUUCAGAUGCAAACUUUCUCUGCACAGGUUUGUGUUGAAUGAUCACACGUAGCUCUAUAUUUACUCCCGUGUUAACACUGUGACCUCCCGAUGACUCAUCCUUCUGAUGUUAUUUCAGGUUUUUUAACAUCCACACACCUGCCUGAGGUGUCAGAUCUCCUAAUUAGUCACAGGUUGAGAUUCAAAUUAUCACUUCUGUCAGCAGCUGAUUCUUCAAGCUCCUGACUGCAAUGUAAGUGAAGAAAACGUUAAUCCUGCGAGAACUGCGUCUGCAUUUGUGUAACUCACACUGGUAUAAAACAAAGAAAUCAGUUCCCGGUGUUCAGCAUUCAGUCGGCAUCACAGCCUGCAGAAAGAUCCAAAAGAGAACAAUAUUUCUUUUUAAAUCCAAACUAGGUCAUGAAUAUUUGAUCAGUUUUGUUUUUAAUAUAUUUCAGACACACAUAGAGAGUAUUGUUGCACGCACUCUUUCCUCAGCAGAGCUCUGUUUAUCAUGGAAACAGUCAACAUGGCAGUUUAUGGAGGAGUGUAAAUAAUAAUUAUUGUUAUUUUAAGUAUCCAUUCGGUGCUUUCCUGUAUGAUUUAAUAUAGGCAGAGAGUUCUUAAGUCAUAUUCGUAGAUCUCAGAUAAGCUGAGGAAGGUUCAAGUCAGUCCAUGAGUCACUAAUUUGCAGAUAACUUUCCAAACUCUUUGGUACGACUGUAUGUGAGCAUAAAAAGCCCCGGAGCGUCCUCACUGGGUUCUGUUAACAUUGACUUUUUCAGUUAAUCUAUGCCCCCUUAUAUUUUCUGCAAACUCCAGAGUUGUUUUAUCUGGUUUAUCUGGAUUUAUUUGACUGACAGGUGUGUUUUACUCCAGAGUCUUACAUCUCCUGCACACAUGAACAAAUCUUAUUCAUGCUUCAAAUAAAUUCAAAUCUCAGAAGUCUCCCAUCAGAUACUUUUUGUCAUAAAUUUUAAAAUAUAAAUGAUGAAGGCAACCUUUCUCUACCGCAGGUUGAAGUAAUUGUUGCUUCUGUUAACUGGCUCAGAGCUGGUACUUUUUAGCUGUAAAACUAUUGUCCUCAAAUGAAGUUGUGAUUGAAACUUGAGGCUUUUGGAAAGCUUAUUUUCUGACGGUAGGGCUGGGCGAUAUGGCCUCAAAUCAAUAUCACGGUAUAUCGAGCAGUUCACCUUGAUAAUGAUAAAAGGACAAUAACUACUCCUCAAGCUGCUCACCCCCUCCCACAUUAACUUCGUCUACAUCAGCCGUCACUUCAGCCACUACAAAUUUGGAACCAUCUUCCAUCUCCUCACCUGUCUUUCCCUCUUUGUUACAGACUGGAUGGGGUUGAGUCACGUCUCUGACGUAGAACAGCAUCUUAAAGAGACAUGAAACCAUAGCCUACCUACACACAUCCAAAACCAACUUUUAUUCAUUUGUUUUUUUGACACCGAAUAUACCGAUAUGAGCAAAAUGAUGUUAGUUAUCGUCAUAAAUUUCGGUAUCAGUACAUUUUCGUCUUAUCGCCCAGCCCUAUCUGACAGUGUAGAGAAAGUUUUAGGAAGUCUAGUUCAGUGUUAUUUUUAAUAAAAAACAAAGCUCAAAUACCACCAGUCUGUGAACACUGAGUCGGGAUCUGUUAUCUGACAUUUAGUGUGUUGGCAGAGGAGUAAUAAAGUUGCUCGAGGUUUGUCAUUCAGCAUGCCGCUGAGCAGCAGACAGGCCGCAUCGCCUCAGCAGCGUCUGCCAGAGUGACCUUUAUCUGCAGAAGAAGAAAACCUGUGCUUGUUGUCGUCUAAUUACUCCCUGUCUGCUUCCCUCAGAUUGCUGAUGUCCUGUCCAACAUGAGUCCAGCAGUUCUCCUCACUCUGGUACGCUGUUUACCUCCAAACAUUUAAGCCAUCAUUACCCUCAUCCAUCUUCUGGUUCUUCUGAAUACUGCAGAUAAAAUGGUCCUUUAACUUAUAAAACUUGCUUGUCAUCAUCUGCAGGCAGACUUUUAACGUUCUAUCGAUUAAAUUAAAUUUCAGUUUGUGUAUGAAACAUUUUAAUGAAUUGUUCUGACAUUUGAAAGCACUUGGCAGUGAUGUGAUUUCACUAGUUUUGUGUCUGUUUUUAUUUCUGUGCAGCGAGGACUGAACACUGAUAGUGGGAGCAUCUGCCGCGAAGCCUCCUUUGAAGGAAUCAGCCGGUAGGUUUAAUUGGCAUGACUUUCCAUUAACAUAAUCCUUUGUUUGUCUGUGAGGUUAUUGCUUCUUUAUUUUUUUUCUCCACCAAAGAUUGUUGCUUAUUAAAUAUGAAUUAAACGUACGGUUCCUCUUUUCUCAACGUGUUUCUGUUGUCCUCUUCUUAGCUGUGCACUUUGACCGUUUCAGCUUUUCUUCUUUUUGUCUCUAACUGACUGAAAAAAAAAGAAGAUCCACAAAGUUUUUAAAUCUAAUGAAUCCAUUUGCAUCAAAAUCAAGUGGUUCAGGUAUAAUCUAAGGUGUUGAUUGGACUCUACCAGUGUAAAACAUGCUGAUAAUGAAACUGAGACAAAAAUUGAAAAUGGAUGAGUCUGGUUGUGGGUAGUUCAGGGAAACUUUUAGUUGAGUCUCUGCGGAAAUGCUGAAGGUCAGGGUGGUUUUUGGGAGGAGACAGGCUGUAUAAAAAUAGAUCUGAAAUACAGAGGAGUGAUAUUUAAAGAUCAACUGGCACAGACUGAUCAUCUCGGGAAAUGCAGGUGGAGAGACUGUCGGUAAAGUUUGUCGACAUUCAAGGAGUGAAAGUAAUUAGAGAGAAAUACGUCAUGAAUUUUUUUCACUCUUUUCAUGUAUUUUAAGCGCCACUGCAGUCCAAAUGGUCUGAAUCUUUGUAAUCAUUCAAUAGCCUCGAAAAUCAACCAUUAAGACAAGCCUCUGCAACAUUUAAUUCUUUCUUUUAUGGUUGUUAGUUUUGCUUUAGGCUUUUUUCUCUUUGUCAAUCGUUCUGACUUAUUCAUGUUUGGUUUUUAUAUUUUUGAGUUUGUUGUUUUCGAACUUUGCUUGUGAAUCUUUUUUAAAAGUGGGUGAGUUAAUAAUGCUUAAUAAACAGAGUUUGACUCACUGACUAAAUCAGCUACUCGUUUACUUACAACCAGUUUAACCAUCAAAAAAUCUUAAGCAAGAAGAAACAAAAUCUACUGAAUGACAGUGACAAGAGCAAAAACAAAAUUAAUUAAUUAAAUCAUUUAACACGAAAGCAAACAGACAAAGUACAAACCCCAAAAGGCAAAGAAAUCACUGAGAUUACAUUGACAGUAAACAGGACUCUUCAUGCACAGCUAAUGUAUACGCUCAGACAUAUGACUGUGACUAGAAGAGCAAAAACAGGAAAGUGAAAGUAAGAAAUGAGCAACAAAGUUCCUGGUCAAAAUUAAACUGACAUAUUUCAUAUAGAAAAAAAAUGGACCAAUGAGAAAUCAGCUGUGUGCAGGUAGUGCUUAUGGGAAUUGUAGUGUCAUAUUGUAGCAGUGCAGUUUAAGAAGAGUGUAAAAUAUAGAUAGGGGAGAGUGGGGUAAAAUGAGCCAUUUUUCAUAUUUCGGAUCACUACAUCAAGUUAUUCAUAGUUUUGUCUCUAACUAGUGUAUCUGCAUAUAUUUCAAGAUGUUGUUCAUCCCUGCAAACCAACAGAAUGAGUGUAAACAUAACUGUCUUGGUAAUAUAGCAUGCCAAAAAGAGUGGGGUAAGUUGAGCCGUAGCAAUUUCUUGUACCAUUUCCAAACAACAGGGGGUGGCUCAACUUACCCUUUGGCUUAACUAACCCCACUCUCCACUAUAGAGUCAAACUGGGUGUGAUUGUGUUGACUGCGGCUGCUGAAAUCCACCCACAGUUGGUGGGUUGGCAGGUUCUAGUGUCAAACCCUGCUGUAUAUAUCAGUGUACAGAUCAGAGUGAUGUUGCCUUUCAUUAAUUUUUUGAAACAGGAAAUUAAAAACAAGGUGAAGAGGCAGAACGUGAAAACAGAGAUGUUGUUAAACUUUCAUCACAGCGUCUUUGAUAUUAAUCAUGAUGUUAAUGUAGGUUUGUUUUCUUCGUUUCAGCUUCACAGUGAACAACACUCUCUUACACCCAGUCAUUGUUGAAUGGUAAGUCAUUAAAACAUGUUUAAUCAUUUAUUCAACAAGCCCAUUAAAGAUGAGAGUGAAGACUCUGCUCUGGAUCUCUCUCAUAAUAAGCUGCAACUUCUCAGCCUCCUUUAAACUCACAAACCUCAACAGAAACAUCUGCCUGUCCGGUAAUUGUGAGUGUGCAGCCAGAAACAGCAGCUUUUUCUGGGGCUUGUUUUUUCCGCCUCUCAGAAUCAGCAACCAGGCUGCAUGGAUGUAAUGGACUCCGUGCUCACCUGGUUGUCCUUGGCAUUAGAGUUUGCACCCUCCAGAUGAAUUGACAUUUCCUCAAAUAAGGAGGAAUGCUUUUCAGGCACACCUCCUGGGGAGAAAGACUUGAUUGAACCCCUCUGCCCCCUCGUCCCUUCACAACCUGCACAGCUCUCUUUUAAUGGGCUGUUUUUCUUUUUUUUCCCCUCUUCCAUUCCUGUUACUAUUGGUAACCACUGCUCAUGAUAUUUAUCUGCUUCUAUUGUUGUGGAGAUUAUUAACACUCUCCAGAGUCUUGCCAUGUGAAGAAUGAAAAAUGGCAAAACAAGCAGGCAAAAACUUUCAGUUCUGACUUGAAUCAAAGGCGAUAUUACAUUUUAACGAGGUUUGAAACAAUUUCAGCAGCUCUGACGCAGAAGAUUAUGAGAGUUUCUGGGUGAAAUAUCGAACAGGACAAGUUUAAUUGGUCCACAAUAUUCUUGGAAAUAACGGAGAAUGAUCCGACAGCCAUAUUUUCUCUACAUCAUUUACCGUGAUAUCCAUUUUUAUUAGGGAGAAAUGUUCAACAGCCUCCCAAACGUGCUUCUUCAGGUCAAAAUGAAUCAUAUUUGAAAUCUGCUGACUGCUUAACUUUACAUUUAUCGCACUGCUUAACAAUCGGGUAGCUUUACGAGCACAAUGACACAGAUGGUCUGCUCCUUUUUGUUCCUCUCUUUGUCCGCAGCCGUCUUCUUAAGACCGACAUGGAGCUGGAGGUCCUGCGCUACACCAACAGGAUCUCCAGCGAGGCCCAUAAAAUGGUAAGCUAAGUCAGGGUCUGAAAGGAUUUAUUCUAAGAUUUCCAACAAUAAAAUAAAGGAAUAAAGCGAGAAGGUCAGAGCAUGGAGCCAAACACCCAAACUAUCAAGCAGCUUAUUGAGUUUAAAACUCACCCAAAGGAUUCAAGAUGUCAGGGUCCUCUAAGGCUGUAAACUGUUUAAGCGCUAUCGAUUUAAACUUCAUCCAGCAGCUCGGAGGCUGGCCGUUAACAGAGAUAGCCUUUGACCAAUAAGCUGUAACAUUAAAGCAAUAUUUUACUUCAGCACAGGAUUUCACUUUAUCACCAUGAAUAACAUCUUGGGGGGGGUUGAGCAGCAGUUAACCUCUCACAUUCAUCUCGCCUCAGAAAUCCAUGACCAUGAGCGGUCAAUACAGUUUCCUUUACAAGUGCCAUGAAAGGACUUUCAGAGUUACGUUUUAAGCCAUGUGUGCUCAAAGUAAGGGACAAGUUUUCCAUUAAUGUGCAGGAAAAAACACUGAAUGUGCUCAUACAGCAGCAGGGGCCAGAGGGCGCCUUGUUUUUUAACUCCCUAUUUCUAAUUGUCUAAAUCCUGCAGACUGUCCUUUAGGAGACAACGUGACUAUUAACAGUGUUGGUCUCUAUAAAAGCAAGGACAUCCAGGCAGCCUGUACGAAAAGGAAGAUGGAGAAAAUGGGUAAAAAGAAACCUAUUAUUGGAACUUAAAGUAAUAAUUUAGCCCUACAUAAUGUUAUAGUUUAAUAUCAAAAGUGAGCUACCUGAGCUGGUCUAAAAUUGGUUCUGUUAGGGAUACAGCUCUUCAUUUUUUAAAACUCCCAAAUCAAUAUCAUUGGGCUUUAUUAUCCUGCUAUCAAGUCUGAAGGGUAGUACAACAUUAGGCAUUAACAUAUCUCAAGCUGAAUCACCUCCUUAAACUUACAUUACCAGCUCAAAAACAAACAUAAGUGGUCUACUAGGUCAUACAUUUUCUGAAUUAAGCUGUAUUACAGGGCUGCAGAUAUUGAACUGCACUAAGAAUAAUCCUGAUGGCCAGUGGCUCGCAAGGUUUGCUGAACACUUAAAGCACUUGAGCUACAUUUCAACGAGCAGAAGAUGAGGUGAGAUGGAAAUACUGCUGCUGAAUAACAUCUUCCAAAGGGGGAAAACCAUUUAUAGCCUAGAACAUCAGAGCUGUGCUUUAAAUCAAUCUAAAAGUGCAGUUUCUUUAAGAUUUACUUGAACUUUGUCAACUUGAUAUACUGCUGAAUUGUCCUUCUUUACUUAAAGUGAGCAAACCCAAACUCUGCAGCACCUCCCAUCACUCAAAUAUAGCGAUCAAGAGUUCUAACUGGUGUUGAAAUCAGCAGGAUAAAAAGUCGUCCUUCCACCUAACAAACUUUUGGUUUGUGUGACUUUUGGCGCCCCCUGUGGACAAAAAAAGUAUGUCUUAUCUUUAUGCUAGUUUAGUCCUGUACAUGCAAAGGUAGAAUCUUAAAACAAAAGAAAAAAACAUGUCCUGUCUACAUCCUUGACAUUUUCUGUCUUAUAGUCCUGUUUGCCUUUGUGGGUGAUAAAGAAGCAUCACUGCUGGUUUCAGUCUGUUUCACAACCAGAUGAAAAAACUCCUCACAGUGGCUUUAAUAAUGUCUCUGUAAAACUGAGCAAUCCCUCUGUUCAGUGAUGGGGCCUCAAUUCUUUGUGUAUCCAGUGAAUAUUGAAAUCAAUUUCAAGCUAAUAUGUAAAGAUCAUGCUCAGAAUAUGUGAUCCCUCUUCUCCCUCUGCAGGUCAUGAAGCACAUCAGACCUGGACAGAAAGAAUAUGAAAUGGAGAGGUGAGCAGCGCAUGCUUUUUUUUUUCCCCCUAUAGAUCUUAAUAUUUUUCAAAACGGAAAUACAUCUGAGUGUUUCCCUUUAUGUAAUGGACGUCAUGCUGACACAAACACAAACACGGCAUCUAUCUGUCAUUGUAUCUGUGACUGGAGAUUAUUCAGAAUCAUCUUUGACAAUAAAACUGAAUCAAGUUCAAGAGAAACAAACUGCAAAACAACAACACAGAUAUAAAAGUACGAAUGAAAUGAAUAAAUAACUAACUGGGCUGAAUCCAAAGCUUGUUAAAUUUUAAAGAGAGGAUCAUUUGAAAGAUUGAUAAGUCUGUUUGAAACAGAGUUGAGGAUUGUCGUAAAGCUACAAAACCAAUUCAGGAAAAUGAAAUGAUAUAAAGUUAGAGUAAAAAUCAGUUUUAGUCAAUCAAAAAUGGAUGGAUGGAGUCUCAAGAUCAUGUCUGUAAAAGGUCAGGUCAGCUGCAGUGCAUAUUUGUGUUCAUGAAAACCCAACGGUACAAACAGCUGUUAACCCUCAGUUCCUUGUAUGUCGGUUUUGAGGACAUUCAUCAGUUUUAUCUUCAUUAUUUUGAGUUGAUAAACACAAGAACUCUAUUGACACCAAAUUGCUCCAUCCAUCCUUGUUUGUCUGAAAUCUGGACAAUAGACUUCCAUUAAAAAAACACAUUUUGGCUUUGUGUUUAUUGCACCAAAACAACAUAAAGCAAUCUUUUCUAUGCAGUCACUUGAUUACCAGGGCUCUAGUUUUUAUUAGCAUUUGAUCCAUACAUUUAUUUGCAUUUUUUACCAUAAAAAAUAAAUUAGUGUUACUUUGAAUUUUUAUUUUUAUGCUUUAAGUUUAUAGUUUAUAUUGUUGAAGAGAUUUAAAGCAGUGAAAGUUAAAAAAAAGUUGAAAAAGAUUAUUUUAUUUACACUUAUCUGCAUGUUCCAUUUCCGGACAUACUAACCUCAACCAUGCUUCAAAUUACAAGGGAGAGUGGGUUAAGUUUCCUAACAAAGGGUUACCCUGAUAGUGACCUAAGCAGGGUUAUAAAUAGACUCUGUCGUCUUCCUGUUGGAAACUGUUUCAGAGUGUAACAUUUGUUUUAAAUAGACCGAUGUCAGGGCAGCUGUCAGUCAUGCUCAUUAGCCUUUCAUGCCUUAGAAGAUCCAGGAAAUGUGAACUUGUCAUCUUUCACAGCGUUUGAUGUGUUUGACUGUGUGAUGAUUAAAGAAUCACUGAAUGAAUUCUUAAAAAGCUCAGAGUCAGGAAGAGGCCACUGAGUGUCUUCAAGUUAAUUAGCACCUCCUGUGAUCUGUGAGGGGAGAUUUUCAGUUUGUGUUUCUUACGGGUUUUUUUUUGUUUGUUUCUUUGCAGCCUCUUCCAGCAUUACUGCUACAACAAAGGAGGGAUGCGCCACACCUCGUACACCUGUAUCUGUGGAACGUAAGGCUUUCAGUGUUUGACUGUUUAAUGUCUAUCUCAUCUCUAAAGAUUUAUGCUGACAACGUUUAAACGUAGUCGAUUUGAAAGGAUUGCAAUAAAACUGACCUGUGCAUCAGAGAGGCUGAUUGGUUGAUCGUUGGAGGGUCGGCAAAAAAAUAACAAAAUAGGAUGUAUGGAGGGUCACAAUAUGAACAAUUACAGUAUACAAAUCCUAACACAUUCAGUACAUUGUAACUGUAGUGGAAGGAAAAUCUCCUCGUAUAUUUCUGUAGCACCUUGUAUGAGAAUAUCCCCCCUCUAGACAGCAGCCUCGCUAACCAAGUCAUGUUUUUGCAUAAUUUUUGAUGCAGAUAGAUGAAGCUAAAGUGAGCUAUCAACUGCUACUGGAUGAGCUGGUGCAAUUUAGUUUUGAUUAAAAAAAGCUUGCUGGGUUAUUUGGAUGCAGGAGGAACAUGCAGCUGUUGUGCAUAACAUAAGGUAGACAUUGAAAAUGUAUGAACAGUAUUUAAUCUUGUGAUAAUGCAGGUCUGUUUAAAGCCUUCAUAAUAUUGUUGGAACUUCGGAUGAUGCAUUUGCACAAAAAAUUACGUUUUUUCUUACCGUACAGACCCAUGCAAACAUAGGUGACACUCCUGCAUGCUUGAGUGGUUUUUGAAGAGGUGUGAACAUUAGAUUAGAUUAGAUUAGAUAAGAUUAGAUAAAUUUAGAUUAGAUUAGAAUUAGAUAAGAUUGGAUUAGAUAAGAUUAGAUACAAUUUUGUUUAUCUUUUUGGGGAGAUUCCCUCAAGGAAAUUAAAAAUAUUGAAAAAAAAGGAAUGAUAUCGCACUUAAACUAAUCUGACCAGUACUGUGCCUGAUCUAGUAGUUUGGAAAAUUGCAUUGAUGGAAAAAGAGGCUUUGUUAUUUAAAAGGAUUUAUUUUUUCCAGUCUUCUGACCAAAAAAAAAAGAAAGAGAUGCAAACGGUUUAGUAAAAAUGGAUAAUAUCUGAGCAGACUUUCAAACCUCUCUAGCCCAGUCAAAGACUUUCAGUGAAGGAUGCACAUGAAUGUAACGUGUAUUAACCAAAGUUCUUACAGUCUGCACAAAAUCACGCUAGAAAAACGACAUCUAACCCCUCUUUUUUCAGGACACUGUCAUUUGGCAGCUUCAUUUUGUAAGAGGGAUUGUGAGACAUUUUUGUAGUUAUGUUUUGGCCUUUUGCAUUAAAGGCCUUGUGUAAUGAGUACCUCCUGAUGAUUAGUGACCCGUGGACACAAGUUGUUUUCAGGGUUAGAUUAAGAGCUUGAAAAAUGAGGAAACAGUUCUCACAGCAGUUCAUCAAGAGGCUCUGCGCCUGAUUUAAAGAGUGGACUGAUAAAACAUGGGGAGGCUGGGGCUUGAUUAGUUCUGUGUAAUUUUAUUUCACAUUAUUUAUUUAUUUAAAACAGUGGACACAACGCCUCUAUCCUCCACUAUGGCCAUGCUGGAGCUCCCAAUGACAAGACUGUCAGAGAUGGAGACAUGUGGUCAGUAUCCAUAAGUGGUUUUUAACCUAAGGCUCAGAAAUGCUGGAAACACAAAUACAGAAAUGAUUAAAUGGUGAUUUUUUUAUUUCAUCCACCUGCAGUCUGUUCGACAUGGGUGGAGAGUACUAUUGUUACUCCUCCGACAUCACCUGCUCCUUCCCGGCCAACGGCAAGUUCACUGCAGAUCAGAGAGCCAUCUACGAGGCCGUCCUGAAGUCCUCCAGAGCUGUCAUGGCCGCCAUUAAACCAGGUCAUUUUAAAAAAGAUUAUAAAGUACACAAACAAGCAAAUGUGUAACAUUUCACUUCAUGGUAUUUAAAAAAAAAUUAUAUAAGUAAGUAAGAAGUAAGUAAGAAGAAACUUAUUUGUUGUUCCUCUUUGAUCUGUGAGAGUAUUAUUAUUAUUAUUAUUAUCAUUAUUAUUAUUAUUAUUAUUGUCAUGUAAAAGGGUCCCAAUAAGCCAUUUUGCUGAAUGGGCCAGCACCAAACAAGUUUUCGGUUACCAUAGUGAUUGUUUUUGACCUCAAAAUGUCCUCAAAUAUUUUGGAUUUCAGAUGUUUCUGGUGCGAUCAAACCUAUCAUGUUGCUUUUAAUUGUAUUUUUUUUAUAUAUAGCUUUUUUUCUAUAAAUGAAAUGUAAAUCUAAAAUGUCAAUGUGGUUUAUUUUUAUGUUUAGAGGCUUCAAGACUCAGAAAAAACAAGCAAAUUUUAGGUGAACAUUUAAGUCAAGAGACUCAGACUUAUGAGAUCCUUCUAGCUGGCUUCAUAAAGCUGGUAAUCAACCCAAUGCAAGCUCUCUGUGAGUGUGUUAAUGUUAAAGAGGUGUUGUUUGAAAAAAUCUAACCUCUCACGCAUGAACAGGUCUUCCUCAGACAGAUUAUUGUGUUUUGCAAACUCAGAGGACACAGAAUAAAACAUAAAGUUAACACAAACUCCAGGCUGAAAUCAGUACAGCUGGAUGAUGGAGAAGAAGAGAACUCAACAGAAUGAAAAUGUGCAAAUUAAGGCUUUUAUCACUUUCCUUUCAGUUGUGCACGAUACAUCAGAGAGUUUUGGAUUUUUUUUGUUUGUUUGUUCACUCAAACUAAUUUGUGACGUAGAUGUACUCUGCUGAAGUAUGUGACAGAUUCACAUGUUGUAUUUCAGCUGCAGCUCUGACAUUAUCAAACAGAGAAGAUUAGAGGGGAUGAACAUUCACAUGAAAACAUGAUUUAACAGGAAAGCACAUAAAGUUUUACUAUCAGAGAUGCAAGUCCAAGGGUUUAUGUUUAAUUUAGUUUCUAUUAUAGGAAGGACGAUAUUUGUAAAGUACACCUAAAACUUUCAUUAAUAUUUUUCAUAUAUAUGUUAUUUUCAUGUGAGGACAGAGUGUCCUGCUGCUCUCUCUCCUCUUCUCUGGAUCAUCUGUGUUCAAGAGAGUUUUAUAGGUCACUGAGGUUUUUUGUUUUUUUGAGGUGUGAUCAGGUUAGGUAUUCAGCAUGGGUUACCAUGGUGAUCUGUCCUGAUAAGAAGUGAGCCACCUUUGUCGUACUGAAAACCUAGAGUUAACCCCUGAAGUUCCCUCCCUCAUCGUGAAUCCUGCUCUGCAGCUCUAGUUCUUCAUUAACAAUAAUGUCAAAUGUGUUCGUGUCUAAGGUGUGAAGUGGACUGACAUGCACCGCCUGGCUGACCGGGUCCACCUGGAGGAGCUGGUGAAGAUCGGCAUCCUGACCGGCAGCGUGGACGACAUGUUGAACGUCCACCUGGGCUCUGUCUUCAUGCCCCACGGCCUGGGACACCUGCUGGGCAUUGACGUACAUGAUGUUGGAGGGUACCCAGAGGUAAAAACAGGAGACUUUUACUCUAAGACAGUGGUUCUCAAGUCCACACCUGAUUCAAAUGAUUAGCUCGUUAUUAAGCCAUUACAGAGCUUGAUAACAAGCUGAUCAUUUGAAUCAGGUGUGUUGGAGCAGGGAAUCAUCUAAACAUGCAGGACAGUGGGCCUCGAGGACUGGACUUGAGAACCACUGAUCUAAGACAACCAGCCAGUGUUGUAACAGUCAGUGUCCAGACUGUAGCAGCAGAAAAACACGCUCCUGUCCCUCCAUUAUUGAUGUGUCAUCAGUAAUAGAAAGUAUCUGUGUGUGGAAGUGAGAGCAGGAACAAAAGAGGUCACACUGCAGGAACAAGUUCAGACUGAGGUCAGCAGAAUGAGGUAGGUGACAUGUGGGCGUGAACCCAGACAAUUUCAGGCUGUGACCGACGAGUUUUACCGUCCAGCUUUUCUAACAGCCAAACGCAGACGACAUUUAGCCCACUGAGGCUUCAGAGGAACAGCUGACUGCUAACCUGGAGAUCGUGACAGUGUUACAAAACCAGGGGGACAUCGCUCAGUCCUGUGUGGAAAUGUGAGAAACAGAGAACUGCUGCUUUGUUUCAGUUUGACAGGCAAAGGAUGUGCUGGAGAGGAGGUCUGAACUGCAGUCUGCUUUUGCUGUCUGGGUAGAAAUAAUGUCAACACUCAAUUUUAAAGACAAGUUUCAAUUAUAUUGUGGCUUCCUCUGGUUAUGUCUUUCCUCAAGCAGUGACGUCUAUUUAACCUGGCUGCAGAUACCAUACAGCUCUUUUUUUAAUCGCAGUGAAAGAAAACUACUUCCUCCUUUUGCUGCUGAUGUCUGAAGCUUAAAUAAAAUGAAAUAUUUUGUGGGAUUGUGGUUUUUAAAGAAACAUAUCAUUGUCCAGGGCAUAGAGCGUAUAAACGAGCCUGGACUGAGGAGUCUCCGGAUGGGCCGCCUCGUACAGGAGAGGAUGGUCCUCACAGUGGAGCCCGGCAUUUACUUCAUCAACCACCUGCUGAAUGAGGCCCUGGCCAACCCUGCACAGAGCUGCUUCAUCAAUAACCAAGUGCUGGCUCGCUUCCGUGGCUUCGGAGGGGUCAGUCUGCCCGCACUGUCUUAUCUGUUGUGUUUUUUUACACUGUGUUUAAUAGAAGAUGAAUUUUGCAGAGGACUAACACCAUAUUUUCAACUGAUCCUGGUGGGAGCUAGCCACAAAGUUGCAGUGAGAGGUUUACCUGGACUCAUACUUGAUCCACAGAAUGACAGCUCACCUCUCCGUUAUCUCUUACAGCGAGCUAAUGUGCUAGAUUGACAAACAAAACAAACACAGCAAAUAAUUGUAGCUUUAUGACACUUAAAAUGACCUCUGUACAGUCAUGUAUGUAAUGUGUUUCACCUUGUUAGGAUAUCUUUCAUUAGUUUGUUUUAACUCAUGUGCUAAGAGACUGACGGCUGUGUCUCUUUUGUGUCCAGGUCCGUAUUGAAGAUGACAUCGCAGUGACACACAAUGGUAUGGAGCUGCUGACCUGCGUCCCUCGCACCGUGGAGGAGAUCGAGGCUUUCAUGGCUGAAGAUGCCAAACCCUUCAGCCCCGUCGUCAGCAGCGAGAAAUUCUGAUCAACAUCCAAGAGUCAAAGUUUACGCUGUGGUGUCGUUAAUCAGCGCAAUAUAAGAACAAAGAUCACUCCUCAUUUUUUUACUUUCACAACACAUAAUCAACAUUGUAUUAAGCAUAAGAAUUAAAACAGCAAUGAGAAAAAAAAAACAUGAAAUGUUCAAAGAAACAUCUUAAAAGCUUUCGUAACGCUUUAAAAAUUGUGUAGCACUCACUUAAAGGGACAAACUUGAUCUUAAUACAUGAAAGUGUUCAUUUCUGUGCCUCUUGAAGAAAGACAUUUUUUAAAAGUUUAUUCUUCUAUGUUCCUCUUUGUAAACCUUGAUUCACAGAAGUUGUGAAAAUUCUAUUAAAUGCAUAAAUUUCCAACCCUGGA